AUGGCUGCUUGUAAUGAAUUCCACUACUCCAUUCUAGAGGAGCUGAAGCUAAAUUCUGUUGUUGGGAAUGUUGGCGAAGAUUUAGGAUUGAAUGGCAGCAACCUAAAAAUGAGAAAAUUAAGGAUUGUUUCUCAGCAUGGCAGGAAUUUAUUCAAUAUCAGCACAGAAAAUGGCAAUUUAUAUGUCAGUGACAGGAUAGACAGAGAGGAGAUCUGUGGGCCAGAGCAAAACUGCCUUCUAGAUCUUGAAAUUUUGGCAGAAAAUCCAGUAAAUGUUUAUUCAGUAAAAGUUGAAAUCCAAGACAUAAAUGAUAACCCACCAAGUUUUUCAAAAGAUAUUUUUUAUAUUGCGAUUAGUGAAUUCACUUUACCAGGCGCACGAUUUGUUCUUGAGCAUGCCAGAGAUCCAGAUUUAGGUAUCAAUUCUUUACAGAGUUAUAGGCUAAGUCCCAACCCACAUUUCUCUUUAGUGGAAAAACUUCAUAUUGGAGUGGAAUAUCCUGAACUCACUUUAGUUCAGUCUGUAGAUCGUGAAAAGCAACAACAAUAUGAAUUAAUUUUGACUGCUUCUGAUGGAGGAAAACCAAUAAAAAGUGCAACUGCUAUUAUCAAGAUUGAUGUUCAGGAUGCUAAUGACAACUAUCCAGUAUUUAGUCAAAAAACUUAUAAAAUUUGUUUAAAUGAAAAUUUGCCAAUUGGAUAUAUAGCUUUACAUUUGAAUGCCAGCGAUAAAGAUGAAGGAUCAAAUUCAGAUAUCUCAUAUUCAUUUAGCCAUAUUCUUGAAAAUGCAAAACAAGCAUUUACUAUUAAUUCUCAGACAGGCGUCAUUAAAACCAUCGGAAAACUAGACUAUGAAAUAACUCAGGCUUAUGAGAUAACUGUCGAAGCAGCUGAUGGUGGAGGCCUAGUUGCUAAAUGUACUGUCUUCAUACAAAUUAUGGACGUUAAUGACAAUGCUCCUGAGAUAACAAUUGCAUCACUGUCUACACCAAUUCCAGAGGAUUCUGUUCCUGGGACUCUUAUAGCAUUAAUUAAUGUAAAGGAUUUGGAUUCUGGGAAAUAUGGAGAAGUGAACUGCCACAUAACAGAUAUAAAGCCACUUAAAUUAGUUCCAUCAUCUAAUAAUUAUUACAAACUUGUAACUGUAGGUCCACUUGACAGAGAAACAACCCCAGAAUAUAACCUCACAAUCAUAGCAGAAGAUGAAGGCUCUCCUCCAAUGGUAACUAAAAAAACUGUUCAUAUUACUGUCUCAGAUGUAAAUGACAAUAUACCAGAUUUUGGAAAACUUCUUUAUAUUUCCUAUAUUCCUGAAAAUACCCCAACUGGAAUAUCAAUACAGGGUGUCCAUGCAUCUGACUUGGAUGAAAACGAGAAUGCUAGAGUCAUUUAUUCUAUCAUUAAUGGAAAUAUUGAUGACAUUCCAGUCUCAUCAUAUGUUUCCAUAAAUUCAGUGACUGGAGUUCUCUAUACCCAGAGAUCUUUUGACUAUGAACAAUUGCGGGAAUUUCAGUUCCAAGUGAUGGCUAAAGACAGUGGAUCUCCUCCUCUAAGCAGUAAUGUCACAGUGAGGAUAUGUAUUAUUGAUAAGAAUGAUAAUGCUCCUAAGAUUCUCUACCCAUCACCAGACACGGAGGGAUCAGCCUUAUUUGAGUUUAUUCCUCACUCUGCUGAGAAAGGUUAUCUGGUCACCAAAGUGAUUGCAGUGGAUGCUGACUCUGGACACAAUGCCUGGCUCUCCUAUCAUUUACUACAAGUUCCUGAACCUUCUUUAUUCACCAUUGGCCAAUAUACUGGUGAAGUCAGAAUUAGACGAGACCUUCCAGAUAUGGAAUCUUUGAGACAAAAACUUGUGCUUCUAGUGAAGGAUAAUGGAGUCCCAUCUCUGUCAUCUACAGUUACAUUGAACUUGGUUGUGGCUGAGAAUUUUCAACAAGUUGCUCCAGAGAUAACACGCCAUCCCACUAACUCAUCAACCUCUUCUAAUGCAACAUUCUACCUUGUAGUAGCUAUAGCAUUCAUCUCCCUGUUAUUUAUUGUGACAGUGCUAAUCACUGUAAUUUUUAAAUGCAAAAAAACUCAUAACCCAACAUCUUUUGGAACUUAUAAUAGAAAUGUGUAUCCUCAGUUCACCCUGGGAUGUCCUUCUGAGAUCAGUGAUACAAGUUUACCUUUCCCAUUCUCAUAUGAUGUUUGUGUGACUCUGGACUCAAAGCAGAAUGAAAUUGCUUAUCUGAAGUCAGUGCAGAAUGUACCUACAGACAACCUUAUUGAUACAGAAAAUCCAACUGUUGCAGAGAAUGCUAUGAUGGUUAACAUGCCUACUGAGAGUAAUACACAAGUAAGUAGAACAUUAAACUGCUUCGAUUUGAGUUCCCAAAAAAGCUACUGCUAG